CUUUCUUUUAGGCCCUGUCAUCUUUUGUUUGAGUGGUCUGAGGCUCUGUGGCGUAACAUGGGCGUAACCUGGGCGUAACCGUAUGAUAUUUUUUUAUUGGAUUUUGCUAUUGAUAUAACUUCUAAGGAAUUAUACCUAUACCUUCUGCUCCCUUAGUACCAAGCAAACAUGAAUAGCUUGAUGAAGAAGGGUCUUCUGGCUGCCUCAGUGGUAGGCACUGUGGUUGGUGGAACGGUGCUUCUUAGGGACGCAGGCACGGCGCCCAAGUUUAGCACGGACGCCCGGCUGGACGGCCGCACGGUGGUGGUGACGGGCGCCAACACGGGCAUCGGCCGAGAGACGGCGCUCGACUGCGCCCGGCGCGGCGCGCGCGUCCUGCUCGCCUGCCGAGACAUGACCAAAUGUGAGGAGGCCCGAAAGUUCAUCGUACUGGAGACUUCCAACAAAUACGUAUACUGCAGGCACUGCGAUCUGGCGUCGCAAGAAUCGAUCAGAAAGUUCGCUGAAGUCUUCAAUAAAACUGAGCCGCGUCUGGAUGUUCUGGUGAACAAUGCUGGCGUAAUGCGCUGCCCGCGGCUGGUGACUCUCGAAGGUAUUGAACUUCAGCUGGGUGUCAACCACAUGGGGCACUUUCUGCUGACGAACCUUCUGCUCGACAAACUAAAGAGCAGUGCUCCCAGCCGGGUGGUGAACCUCGUCAGUGUGGCGCACCGCCGCGGCGCCAUCGACUUCAAGGACCUCAACAGCGAUAAGGAGUACUCGCCCGUCGAGGCGUACAACAACAGUCAGCUGGCCAACAUGAUAUUCACCGUGGAGCUGGCCAGGAGGCUCAAAGGCACGGGUGUGACGUGUAACGCCGUCCACCCGGGCCUCACCGCCACCGAGCUGAGUCGCCACAUGAGCUUCUACAACAGCUGGCUGGCGGCGGUCGUAGUGAAGCCCCUGCAGUGGUUCGUGCUCAGGACACCCGCCCAGGGCGCCACAGCAGUCGUGUACGCCGCCGCCGAGCCUUCGCUCAGUGAGAGGACCGGCGAGUACAUUAGUGAGUGCGAGGGCACCACGAUAGCUGAGGAGGCGCUGAACGAGCGGCUGGGAGCGCGCCUCUGGGCCACCAGUGCACGGUGGACGGGUCUGACGGCCGGACCCAGCAGACCCGCGCCCGCCGAGUCCGCCCAAACUUCCACAGAGUCCACACCCACAGAGUCCGCGUCCACAGAGUCCACACCCACAGAGUCCACGUCCACAGACUCCACCGGCGCGGCCACUGACGUUCCCGUCGAUGUGACCCUGGCAGCGGCGACGGUUACCAGCGUGGCAUCGUAGCGUGCUAGUCAAUAGUCGAAGGUGGAAUUUGAAUAAACGUGCUGUUGAAAGCACCCUGUGAA